GUGACAAAACACAAUCCGCUUCUUAUCGGUUCCCCGAUGAAUCCAAAUCAGAAAUGCUCUCAUGAUAGCCACCGCAAAAAAGCCUGUCUCGGACAGUAAGGGUCUACGUAAGUAACAACUGAGGAUUAGCGCUUCAAGCUAGUGGAGAGGAUAGGCUAAAACAGCCAAAAAGGUAAGAUCCUCGGUUCUUUAUGCAUCUUUUAGCGUUAAUAGGUCAAAAUUUGCGAACAUCACUUACCAUGACUCGAAGGUCAUUCGUUUUUUGGUCAAAUCAGUUUAUGAAUAAAAAUAGUUAUCAAUUUGACACCUAGAGGUCUUGGCAGAUAAACUGAAGCGCAUGAGACUGUAGUUUAUUGUAUCAGUGUUAUUGGGAGCUCAAUGGCGGUCAUCACAGAACUCGUGCGACUCUGUAUCACGUUGUUCCCAGCUUCCUUGUGGGCAAUUUGUACUUCGAACUUCAAGUUAACGUUUAUCAAAUUACAUUUACAAUUAACAAUUAGCUUCAGCUGUAGCUUGUCAACUGGCAAUGGUAAGUUUAGAAUUUGUUAAGCACUUGUACGUUUUAAUAGUGUGUGUCACUAAUUUUUAAUAUGGCCCAUAUACAGUAGUUUAUUUAACAUUAACCUGCCAGAGAAGUCAGUGACGGACAUAUUUUGCUGCCAGAUCUGAUAUAAUCCUAUUCAAAAUUCUGUUAAAGCAGAAGUUUGUGAUGCUUAUUUGUCAAAUGUAUCUCUCACGUGAACUACUCAUGCAAUGUAUAGAAACAUAGAAUGCACAUUUCCGUGAUAGUGAGUUGAAGAGUAUCAAGGUCCGGCAUCUUUCAUGUAACUAGUGGCAUUAUAUUACGUAAGAACUAUCAUUACGUAAUAAUAGAUUUCCCUGCUUUUCCUUCCUCCUUUCCGUUCGUUCCUUUUUUAGAGCCUCCCUUCACGAAAUUAAAACUAAUUUCCUCGGGCUUUUCAUCGAAAUAUUUUACUUUCGAAACCUCUUGAUUGUCACAAAGCCUAGCUGAAUAACGAAAGACGUGGGGGUAGGGAACCUAUUUUUUUGAACGUAUCACGUUCGAAGUUAGCCUGCGAAAACAUCCAUUUCUCUUCGCUCUUCGCCGCAGGGAACGUUUCGCACGGCGAAGAGCGAGCAGAACCGGAUGUUUUCGCAAGCUAGUUCGAAGUUCGCUUAGUAACCUUUGGGUUCGAAAAACCAGGUAGCCUAGAAAGCUCAAAGAUCGCUCUCUUUGCAACGAAAAUCAAAGAAAAACCGUUAGACAACAAUUUCAACGUUGUCACAAUACAAAUGACACUUCGGUCCUUUUAAAGCCAACAUGCCUUAUAGUUCAGUACUCUCUAUAGACAUUUAGUUCUGCCCUGACUAUUUGUGAAACAAAAACGACCAUAAGGGCUAGAGUAUAUUUUAAUGCUCUAAACCCUGUAAGAGGUACCAAUCCACUCGACAACUUUUACCCCUAGGAGCACCCCCAGUCUUCUUACAGGGCAGUAUCACCCCCACCCCACCCCAGGGAAGAUGUGAGGACAUUCACAUGAGAAAUCAAGAGCCGAGGACGAGUGAUUUACAAGCUCUUCGAACGUUUUUCGUUCUUCUGCUUUUAUAUUACAAUGAUCUGUAAUUUUCUAUCAGUUUACGUAUAUAACAAACAAUAGACUUAUAGAACACGCGAAGUACCUCAGUUACUUUAUAAAAAGCCAAAAUAUAUUCAUUGACUCUCCAAACAACAAAUAUGACAGUCUUUGUUUACCUUAGCCACCACAAACUUUCUAACUAAACUGUACUGACUACAAACGAACAAGUUUCCAAGUGCUACUAUCCCUAUUAUGUUUGCGUGUUUUAUUUUUCUCCGUGGUAUCAGUAUCUGGAGAACCGGGCGGCACACCCCCACCAGGAAUUCGCAGGAGUACCCCCUGCCCCCCCCCCCCCCCCCUCCCGGGCUUUACACGCUCGACAAUCUGACAGGUUUCUAACUAUGCAAGUGCUACUAUCCUAUUAUUGCUUGCGUGUUUUGUUCGUGUCUUGCAAAUACUUUUCUCCAUGGUGUCAGUUUUUUCCCUCACUUUGCAUGUUCUUUGUUUUUAUGCUCGGCAAUCUGACAGGUUGAAAAUUAAUUACUUUCUAAUUGCACGAUGAUCAAAUAUUUUGAUCCCUUUUGGCAGUUCGUAGAUGUGUUUAAAAACGCUGACGUAUUAAAUUCUGCAAGCAGAAUACUGUAAUGCUGAUCGUAAUACGUGAAAAUUAACUCUGCAAGACAUCAACACGACACCGAAAGAACUCAAAACAGAGCGGGAUUGUAGCCAUAGACAGCUGUUUCGCUCUCUUUGUCUUUAUAGAUCCUAGGUUCUUCGGCAUAUUCGUUUGCAGUCCUUUGCAGUCCCUUGUGGUUUUAAAUGUUGGUACUUUAAAAACGCUAUUCAAGACUAAAAAUAGAAAAAUGUGCUGAAACUAGUUCCAUUAGAAAGGGACUAUUAACAGAUGAUGUGGGGUUAAUCGUCUUACUGAUUAAGUAUACUCAGCUUAUCUGUGACUAAUGAAACUGAUCCUACAAACUGGGGCUUUUUUUUUCCGCGCCUAGGUGAAGAGGAGUGGCUAGUUCAGUAAAAAAAGUCUUUCCCAUAAGGCAAAUCAUCUAUUUGUUUAUUGCGCUAUUCACACCGACUAAGCAUGUUUAAUAAAACCAGAUUUUGAAAAAUAAAGCAGACAUGUGAAACUGGAACCGUAGGUUUUUAUACAGGAUUCAAAUGAAAUUCAACAAGUUUUGUAAUUGCACUAAAUUUGCAAUCAUAUUAAGCAGGUUUUAUUAUGAAGGAAACAAUUUUAAACCGUGUUCACUAAACAGCCAAAAAGUGCAACUAAAAAGUAACCUAGCGAACCCCGAUCGUCUUUGUCGCAUGGCUUCAAUCGCUACCCGGCUUCUCCUGACGAAUCAACACGAUCGCUGAACCUACCAGUCGCAGUAUAAUUAUAGUAAAACAGCGAUCACAUUGAAAGUGUAAACCUUUAAUUUUAAAGUGGGUUCCGCCUCUAUGCAUUUUUAUUAAUUCUACAAUCUUCUUUUCACGAGAGUCACGUAAAAACUUAAAGUUCCUCGAGGAAGAUAUGAAGAAUUUGUUGUUAGUAGAAUGGUUGUACUACAUCAGUACUCUCAUCAGAGCUUACUCAAAAGUUAAAAGUACUCAUAAAUAAUUUUUCAGAGACUGAAAAGGUACAACGUAGCUUAUCUCAGUUGGUGUACGUGCGUUGUAGCUCCCAAGUUUACCACACUUAACUAAACAACAACUUAACCUUAAUCUGAUGAAAAACACCGACUCCCUUCCAUGCUUACAUGACUGCGUGUAUGUAUGAUAAAAAGGAUUAAUUUAGACACAAAUUUAGAUUUGAUUGAGAACGUGUGUACAAGCAACUUUAUUAUCCUAGCCUCUGUAAACAUAUCUCGAGACAUGAAUGUAUUAUAUGGGAAAUUUGUGGGAUGCUAUAUAUGUAGCUCAUAAUCUUGUUAAUGAACAAACGUAGGAGCCGUGAAAGCUGGUAAACCGCACUAAAUAGACAUAAUUUGACAAGACUGACAAUCCCGAAAAUCAGUUACGGUGCCAAGACUGCCGCGGUUUUCUCCUUCAAUUUAAACCCAGUCAGGUAACUAAAAAACAACUUCAGUCACUGUAUCUACUGUUAAUAUACACUGCCGAUUAACACAGGGCGUGGGUACAGGACAUUACUUCGUUACAACUGGAUUCUCGUGAUGCCAAGAGGGGCACUACCUUUUUGCUACCCGACUUUGGACGUUUUGGUUUUUACACACUACGGUAUAAACUUGUAAAUAGCAUUAGUUUUAUCUCCUCUAUCUGCAAAUGAAAGCAGGAAUGCUUUCAAGUUAAUGUACCGUUUCAUUUGGGCAAUGCAUGGGUUCUCUUUUGAUUUCAAGUGAAGCCUUUAGAAGACUUCCAGUCCCAACUGAACAUACAGGUACAGUGGGUUAAACACCUAGUUUUCUUCAUGAGACAGAACAUAACUAUUGGCGAAAUCAUUUCCCUAACAACCUUCACCUCACGAGAGAAGAAAAAUACUCCGGCGUUCAAAAUUUCCUUGAUAUCGGUAACCUAGUACCUUAUAUACCAUAUUUUUCAUUUCCGUUCGUAGAUGCAAAUUAUAAUGGUAUGGUCAUGCAAUUAUUGGAAAACAAACUUGCACAAUCUCGCCACAAUCAGUGGCAAAUCAUAGCAUCUCUCUGAAUCAUUUGUUUUUCACUCGGUCGAGAACAGCCCAAUAUGGGUUUUUGCGGUUGGAUUGAUCUUCGCACCAAGUUUUAUGGAUCUUUAAUGCCGAUACUGUAUUCUCUCAGAAACUAGGACUAUCGUGUUAAUAAAGAAAAAUUCUUCAAUUUCGUUUUGUCGUCUUUGAACUCAGUGAAAAGUAUCUCGUUACAUUCAUUUAGAUCCAGAGAAAAAAUUGUUAGAUUAAAAUCAGCCUUCCGCCCUUUAGCAGCAGAGCACGAGUCCUAGAGAGACACUAGAUUUAUAAACCUUUCAAGUUGACCCCUCACUGCUGAUGAACGUUUGCAAUUGGCGGGAGGAACGAUUUGACAAAAUCUAUUUGUGGGUUACCAAGCCACCCUGACAUCAAACGAAAGAUUGAAGGAAAAGAAGGAAGGACGUCAAAAAAUCUCAGGACAAAUUUUUAGAAAAACAGAUAAAUUACACACCCAGAGGCAAAAAUAUUUCAUGUGAUAGUCCGUGCGAUUUCCAGGUGAUUGAAAACCCCUUUUAUGGGCUAAUGAUUGAGCUGUUUUUUAACUUAAAAACUGCUUUACACUUUGCGAAUUGGCCAUCGCCUUCUAUCGCUUUAAACUCAAAGUUAUAUGUAGUGACUAAGCAAUUUUUGCAUCCAAAUAUUUUAUUGUAAUCACUAUAAUCUGCCUACCAUGUCAGGCUCCUUCAAAGGGUCAACUUAUCUUAAAUACUGUUCUCCCCUACUAUUUCAAAGUCCGAGUACCUGUCCAUUCACAUCAAUACAGGCAUAACAGUUGACGAUAAAAAAAUGUUCAUUUUUUAAAUAGGUUGUCAUCAUCCGUGUUUCCUUGACAACGUGUCGAUUUUUCAAUACGCCUCAAGUGUUUUUUGACUGACAAAGCUUGACAUCCAUUCAACCUGCAGAUACGAGACGCUAAAAAAACCUAAAGCCAAAGUGACUUGAAAGGCAAACAGCAAGUCCAGGCAUUGCAGGGGAAAUCAGCAAGAGAAAAGACUAUUCUGAUGUCUCGCAUGAGUGGUCGUGUUUCGCCAGAGCAACUUGUGUCGACGAACAAAGUCGAGAAUGGACUUCCAGACUCCUCUACGCUACGUCACGAAAAAGAAGAGGACAACUUUAAUAUCGAUGACAUGCAAGUAGUCUACGACGAUCACGAAAAUGCGAGUGAGUCUCAAGAGGCCCUGGAUGAUUUUCCUGAAGAGCAGACAGUAGAUUCGAUCAACCAAUUCCAUAAUGGAAAUAUAGAUUAUCCGGGGAGUCACACUCCAAAGCAUCUACAGUGGAGCACAGAUGAAGCCAUGGCAUCCUCAAAGAGAUCUCAUACCUGUGACAGGGUCAUACUGCUAGCUGUAUGUUUCAUGUCUGCGGUUUCAAUAGUGCUGACUCUGCUGAUGUUUUUUGGUGUGGUUGAGCCUUUCAAGUGCGCUUGCUCCGGGAAAACAGGUAUUUCGAAGAAUAUUUUUUGUUAAAACACGCUGGUAUUAAAUUAUAAUCCGGCAUUCUUAAAAUUUUGGGGACAGUGCAUUCUACAUAAGGUUCUGAUUAAUGUAUCUGGGAAUGCAAGCUGGCCUAUUCUGUUGAAUAUACCGUGUGGCACGAAAUUUUUGCUGGAGUUUGUUUUUUCGGAUUGGCGAUUUUUUGUGUUUUGCGGGAGCUAAUUUUUGCGAUUAGGACAAAUUGGUUUUUCUUGCUGGGAAUUAAUUUUUUCGUUUUUCAGAAAGUACCCGGUACCCAGUAAUUAAACCAGUAAUUCAUUGUAUACCGUUUUCAUUUCUGAAUGAAAGAGGCAAGUUGCGAUUUAACAGAUGCGAUUUCUCAGUACUGUAUUUUUGUGAAGCGAAUUUAUGUUAGAGAAUAUUUACUCUGGAGUAAAUUUUCGCGGAAAAAUGUCUGCGGUAGUUCUUAUAUGCGGGAACUUAUUUUUGCAGAUCGCUGGAAAAAUCGCAAAAAUCGGAAAAAUUAGAACUCGCAAAAAUGUCGUGCCACACGGUAGACUGUGCCUUAAAUUUGAAUCCCUUUGAUGUCUUUGAUGACGCAGAAAUUAACAAAAAGGAAAUUACAUGUGGCAAUAAUAUUGAGAAAAGUUUAUAUAAUUUAACUAUUUUCCUAAAAAAGGUACCUUUCUUAAUAGCAACUAACGGAUCCCUUGAACACCAAUUACCCUAAAAAGUAAAUAGUUAAUCCACGUAGGGGUAUUAUUGCUAAUUUUCAAACUCAUUAACGUACAUAAAUAAUUAAGUUAGCACAUUAUGAAACCACUAAUUUGUUUAACUUUCGCAGUAUUGAGUUUUUUUGUUUACUGUAAAGGAGAAGGUAUCGUUUUAGAGGUACCCACACACUACUGAACAUGUCACGUCAAUAUAAAAUUAUUUGGAUCAUGGAAUGUCAUGGCCUUUCAUGGUUGUUGGGUACAGUCCUGCUGACCCUCAGAACACAUUUUGUUUACUUUAUAUGACAUAAAUCUGCUCUCACACGUAAGGUUUAGUUUAACCCCCCGAGAAGGUAAUGAUAACUUCUUUUGUCUGUUUCAUACGAAAGACGAUUAGCCAUUCACUGAGUGCGCAAUCCAAGGGUUCGCUGUAUUUUGAUACUUUUAAAACAUACUGUGAGUUGAGUUCGGUUUACUUAUAUAUUACAGGGAAAUAAAUGAUAUGUCGACAGCUGAGCGUUAUAAAAUUUGUGUCUCACUUUUACUAGAAAAGUGGAAAAGAAAGCUUUAAUUAGCUGCUCUUUUUUGGUAUAAAAAAAGUAGGUCAAAGCGAAAAAACUUUAUCGAUAAUGGGUAGGAAAAGGAUGAAGUCAUGAAUGCACACUAGAAAAUUCUUCUUAAAUCAGUUAUUUACCCCCGGCUUGCACGGAAAAUAUUUUCGGAACUUGAGUAAACAUAUCUUUUUAUUGCAUUCCAUAAAUACAAUGAAGAACACUGACAAUGCUUCUUCUUUCACAUGCAAAGUUGGGAUCCUGAAACUCGGCCAAAGUGAAUUAUAAUUUCACUUAAUUGGCAACCCUUGGAAAUUGGUUGUUCUCAGUUUUUCUUCCAGGGAAGAUGCCUUUGCUGUAGGUUUACGUCGUUUUUUUACAAGCAUUUUGAAAUAGAAUAACCUCGUUUUAUGUACAUUUUAAAGAUUUAAAAAUUCACCAAAAUUGUACGCGGGCUAAAUAUAGACUCUGUGCUUUCUUGACUCCAGUGACAUAAGGCUGAACAAACAGCUAAAUAAACAUACAUUCGUCUAUAUUGUAACUUCGCAUUCAUGACAUUGGCCUUGAUUUAGCCUGCGUAGCAAGCAUGUCGAGAAAGUGGGACCUUCCCCUCCCCAGUCGAUCUCUCUUUUCGUUUGCUCUAGCUCCAAAUUUCGUGCAAUAACUCGAUUGGAAACGCUUGCAACGCAUGCGCAGGCUAGCCUUGGUUCUCCUGCCGUUGUCUUUUCACGUAUAUAGCUUAUCUCCACAGAUAUAAUGAAAAAAAAGGCAACGGCUGCAAGUGCCACUCACGCGAAACAUUUUUCUUCGAUGGGAAAAACAUUCCGUUAUUGUGUUAUUCUCCGUUGCUUCAAAUCAGGGGCAUAUGAUAAUUUAUGAAGCACACUGAGCUCGCUAAGCACUUACCCUGCGAGCAGAGGUUUUUUUUUCUGGGGCAUGGCUUUUAGCAUUUGUAAGGUCGUUGGCGUGGCUUGUCAGUGGCGUAGAUGGUUUGUUUACGCGACUUACUGAAGAAGAAGGAAGGAACAUCUGCUCGCACGGUAGUAAGCACUCAGAUACAAAGGAGGUAAAUAGUUGAGUUAUCACGUUAUAUUGAGACAAUAAUAAAUUUAAUGGGAAACUCAACAUUUUUUGGCGUCAAUCAUUAGAGCGUUUUCACUCACGUGGUCAGCAUGCUGUGCAAAUACAUUGGAACAAAAGAAAGCUUUUACAUAAGAUAAAUGUUCAACCCCCAGAGGACUGGUUUGGGACACCAACAUGGCCACCGUUUAAUUUUUUUGGAACACCAAUAUGGCGGACGUCACGCCACGUGAAAACGCUCUAUUCUUUCUAAUUUUAAAUAGAACCAUUUAUUUAUCAAAUUGGAUACGAAUAGCAAUUUUUGCUUUUAAAUUUCACGAAUCCUAUUUUUUAUCAACUUUAGAUGUUUUUUCUUUCUUUCUUUCUUUUUUGCACCAGGAAGUGAAACUUCAAGUCCAAGUACUCCCGACUUUGAAAUUUCAAAGAACAUGAAAGAUCUUAAACACAAUAUAUCUUCUGUGAAAGAUACUUCGACUGCUUCGAUGAUUGCGGUGAGUUUAUUUGAAUACUACAGGGCUUUAAUUUUCUGCCAAUUACAGCUUUUAUAUUUAAACUAUCAGCCGAAUCAUACGUCAAAAGGGAGACACAUAGUUAAAUGAUUCAUUCUGGCUUGUUCAGAAUGCGAUGCCCUACCUCAAUGCUGCUAAAAACGUUUUCCCUUUAUUAGUCUUCAUAGUUGCGGUGUCAGCAACAUAUAUAGAAAUGUUGGACGUCUAACAGUCUGCAUAUGAUGAAAUAGGCAAAACAAGUACCUUUUGAGAUUUUCUUUUGUUUCUGUGAUUUACCGUUGAUCUUUUCUUUGUGUUUUUUUGUUCCAACCUCUUGUGGAUUUUUUAACAGGUCAAAGCAGAACUAGACGAAAUGAGAGAGAAAUAUGAUGAUAUUAAAGCGAAAUAUGAACAAGUGAUGAUGGAGGUAUAAAAGAAACAGUUCUCUAAAGUAUUAUGCCAUGACCUGUAUUGGGAAAACAAAACAUGCAAGCUAAAGAGGUCUAUUAACCAAAAGAAUUGUGCCAAUCUUUGCAGGUGGCAGGACUCAAAGGAAUGAACCUGUCUAAAGUAACCAGUGGAUCAUCGUUAGACAAGGUAUCUUUCUUUUUUUAAAAUUCACAAACAAGUACAGUUUGGGUGUGGUUAUUGCAUACCUUAAAGAAAAAUUAAAUUUCAGGUAAAUAACUACAGCUAGCGGAAAAUUAUUCAGUUACCGUUUUUGUGUGAUGAACAAGAUUACGCCCAAUAGAGACUUAAAGUGAAAUCACUCGGUAUCAAAUUAUUCAUGGAUAACAUUCUUGGAAGUGGAAUAUAAAUCUAAACUUAAGCUCCAGUACGAAUAUGCACGAUGUAAGGAACUUUUGGCUCGUAGAAUCCGGAAUCCCGGAAAUUUGUAGUUGUGGAAUCCGGCAUCCGAGAAUAUUUUGCUCGUGGAAUUCGGAAUUCAACUCAAGGAAUCCAAAAUCUCACUAUAUUAACGCUUGGAAUCCAGAAUCCAAGUUCCACUGACAAAUACUGGAAUCCAGUAUCUGGAAUCCGGAAUCCACGGCGUGGAAUCCAGAAUCUAAGACUGUUAUGGGUUACCUUCGAUAGGGCUAUUAGCCUGUUGGAUGAUAUGUGAACGGUGCAAAACAAUUAUAUCAAUUGUUCAAAGGCAUGACAUUGUUUUAUUAUUCACAUUUUAUGUUUUCAAUCAGGAUAAUUCAACUCUUCUGCAAGCGGAAAUUAAGAUCAUCAGGCAGGAAAUAUCAUUUCUAAAUCAACAGGUAAAUGUGUAACGUACGUGUGGUUAUCCAUUACUCAUUUUCCCCUGAUAUAACUGAAUGUUAAUCGUUUCAUUUUUAGGUGAUCAACGUAACUAAGACUCAAGGUCCUCGGGGACCUCUAGGCCCUGCUGGACCUCGUGGACACCCCGGAUACAAUGGUACCCAGGGCCCUCCUGGUGUUGCAGGGCCCUCAGGAUCUUCUGGAUCGUCGGGGUCUGGUAACCUUUCACUUUGUACUUACAAAAAAGUAGACGCCACUCCUGUAUCAGCUGGGAGUAUUGCUCGAACAGACGUUGCAAUCUUAGAAGCAAAGGUACGCCUUCAAUCCAAUCAUUUAGAAGCUUUUGAUCGUUUUCCUUUAGUGGUUUCUCAUAACCAGGCGAUGGAAAAUACCACUUUUACAUAAAAAAAGGAUUCAAUCGCCGUUUCCUUGUUUUGUUACACUAAUGUCACCAAUGCAUGAAAACUACGAAAAAGAAAGGGGGAAGUCCCUAUUCAUCUCAAUAUAAUAAUCUCGCUGUGACGCACUGUAAGAAUAGCAAUUCUUUCGCAAACCUUUCUCAACCAUUUUGUAACUGGUUGUAGCUACGGGGUACUGGAAUUGGCUUUUUAGUGUAGAAUAUCAUUGCAACAUUCAUGCCUGUCCCUUUGGCACUGCGGUGACGUUGCAAUAUAUAUUCACAUAACUUUGAUUUGCUCGAAUUUUUAUUUGCAGGGCACGAAAUUACUUGGUGUCAGCUGUGAUUCAAAUGACGCAUCAAUUAUUCAACUUUCAAGUGGCGUUCACCAGGGUCUCAAGACGUAUACAUGUGAUUGUAAAAAUACUGUAAGCUCAGGAGCCGGUACCAUGGAGUGUUACCUUCACUACUGGGAGUGUCCCACCUGAUAUACAAAAAGCUUAGGCUUGCUGUUCAGUUCAUAGUCAGGCCUAGCCCUUAAGCCACAGCAAGGACCUCUUCUGAAAUGUCGGCUUAAAGGAAGGACUUCAUAAUCAUGUCAACUAUUAUUAUUAUUAUUAUUAUUAUUAUUAUUAUUAUUAUUAUUAUUAUUAUUAUUAUUAUUAUUAUUAUCAUUAUUAUUAUUUUUAGUAUUAUUUAGUGGACGAAAGGAGACCAUGAGCAAUGUGUUUCCUUUAUAUAUGAUAUAUUACUGAGAGUCGACGCGAGUAAACUGUACUAUAUAAGCCGUGGCAAAAUUGUAAAAUCUUGGAUGCUUUUAUGGUUCCAUACACUGGCAUAAACAAGUUCGAAACUUUUGGCUUGAGACUAAAUAGAUGAAAAGGAUUACCUUAAAUCGGUAAACAUACGUUAACGUUAAAACCUGGACUCAUAAAUAAGGCCUAAGACCAAACGUCGAACUUUUCAUGAGACGAACCAAACAUGUUGAGUUUAAGUACAUGAAAAGUUUGAUGUCUGGCUCAGCUAAGUUCGUCUGAAUGAGUUUGGAUCGUCCAACACGUUCUAUCUGUCUGCCUCAGACGGAUAGAACGUUUGAAGGUCGUUUCCGGGACAACGGUCGACCUUUCAAUGCGACGAACUGAACUAAUAAAUUAAAAAAUUUGUAUGAUGAUGUGUAUUUAGCUUCGUUCGAGAGCAAAUUUAUUUAUGGCCGGCUAAAAUUGCUUUUUUGGUCUGAUUCAGUUAAUUGGUUCGUGGCGUCCUAAGUUUUAAGUUUGACCCAACAUACGAUCUUAACUUAAUUUGUUACUAAUCGCCAAGUACACACAUAUAAUACUCGAAAUGCCAAUAACUACCGAACUUAUUUCUGUAGAACAAACAUUAAACAGUUCACAAUCCUCCAUCUAGGACCUAACCUAUGGAACUCCCUUCCCCAUAAUCGUAGGGAACUGACAAGUUAGUCUAGUUUCAAGACUUCAUUAAAAAAAUACCUCAUCGAGAGAGCUGUAAAUUAAACUCGCCUGACCAUGAUAUGGCAGCUGACAUUAUAUCAUAAUUAAGUACGAGGAGCCCAAUUUUCAACGAGCUAUUUAGCUUCUAUUUGGUUUCCUCGCCACUCUAUCUACUACAAAAGUUAAGUCACUUAAUAUUACAUUUAAUUUUGAACUUUUUUUCCUAGCUUUUCCUGCCCUGUAAAUUGUGCAAUCUUAGCAAUAAUAUGUAUAUAUUUUUAAAUUUCUUUUCUGUAAUAUUUAUUCUAUGUGGUAAAUGUAAAUAAAUAAAUAAAAUAAAUAAAUGGGUCGACCCAAAUUAGAGUUUCGGGUUCGUCUCAUGAAAAGUUCGACGUUUGGCCUAGGCCUUAUGUUCGUCCGAAUGAGUUUAUAUCGUCCAACACGUUCUAUCCGUCUGCUUCAGACGAACUUCUGAAGAUCGUCUCCGGGACAAACGUCGAUCUUCACAUGCGACGAACCGAACAAAUAAACUAAAAAAUACGAUGAGGUACAUUUAGCCUCGUUCAGCAAAAAUUACGAUUUGGUCUGAUUCAAUUGAUUGGUUCGACGCGUCCAAAGUUUGACGUCUGACACAACAGACGAUCUCAACUUAAUUUAGCUCGACCCAAAUUAGAGUUUGGUUCGUCUGAUGAAAAGUUCCACUUUGGCCUGAGCCUUAGUCUCUUUAAGCGUUGAUUUAACCUACCCUGGGUGCCAGAGGUUUUUUCCUUGCCUUAUCCGUCUCAAACUUUUGGACAAGGCUUAUAUCAAAACGGACCUCUGAAGACAAGGUAGCUCCAAGCACCAAGAUGACGAAAAUUGCAUUUAACUGAUUUAGUUCUUCAAUUUCAAAUUAUUACUCCUGACGGGAAACCUGUACAUACUUAUGAACUAUGCAAUAAAAUUACGUGGUACACCAUGAUUCGAUUUGUUGGUUCCACUUGAUUUCAAUAGGCCAUUUCCGAGUUCCAAAAAAUCUCACUUUCAAAACGAGGCUAAGUGCGAAGCCAUUGAUAUGAAAAUGAUUUCUUAUUCUCAUGCAAAUAAAACUCAUUUUCACAACACAGGUUUCGCACUUAGCCUCGUUUUGAAAGUGAGAUGUUUUGGAACUCGGAAGUGGCCUAUAGUUAGUUCACUCAGCUAAGAAUAUAAUUUUCCGCUAAAAGUAAGGACGGAUCUAUUGUAAUCUAAAAAGCUUAACGUUAUUUGCGUUAGGUCACAUUCAAUCAACAAUCCUUUAAAACGUUAAGGGUAAGCGGUAAAUUUGAGUCUCAACAGGUCUUAGUGACCGGACAUGCAUCAAAAUAUCGUAAAACGAGUUCAUUCGACCUUAUGCAUAGCUUUGUAAAGACUAACACAACUGCUAUAAUGUAUACGAGAUAAGCAAGUGACCACACUCCAGUACCAACUUACGGCCAUAAAGCGCACAGCCAUAUUAGCCACAGCCUAUACAGUCGUUUUGUCCUUUUUAGGACGCAUCUGGACCCGAAAGUCGGGUGUGUCUGCCCUUUACUGCCUAGGCGAAUUCAAAGUUGGUUGUUACGUGAGCUAAGUCUGUAUGUCAGCUAUAUCAGGCAAACCAAUGUUUUUGUAAAUGAGAAUGGACUACCAAGUCAUUUGGCAGUCAAGAUGGGUGAUCUGCAGCAAGUAAACACGACUUAUAUACAGUCACUCAUAUCUCGCUAUUUUCGUAAAGAAAACCUGGUUAGCCAUAAGCAUGCGCGCGACGUGACAAACCAGUGAAAAAAAGACGGCCGAGCUGCAGAAUAACGUAACGAUUAACGGAAUCACCAGGAAAUUGAGAAAUUUUAAUUCUCAGGGGACAAAAACCUUGUAUCAGAACAAUUUAAACAAUAUUGCAAUCUUUUUCACCUUUUUCCAACGGCUCUUGAAGUUAUCCGUACUAACACCAAAUUUCACAAAAAUUGUGAAAUUUUAAAAUUUUUUAUAUUUAAGGGGUCACUUUGUGAAAUUUGACAUUUAUCUUCUCCGGCUCCCAUUAGAACUGAGUUUUGUUUGGUGUUAUUACAGAUAACUAAUUACAUCUUUAGCCCUUGAAAAAUGUAAAAAAGGAUGCAAUAUGCUUUAAUACUCAAUUUCCUGACGGAUUACGUCUUGAGUUAAUUCGCUGUUGAUAUUCAACAAACUACCCUUGUGUCGAUAAAUUCUCAUUCAUUUCUUUUCUGCAUACGAUGAAACUGAAACAUGUGGUUUUUAAAUUCGGGUUUCACUUUCGAUCACAGCCACGUCACCGUUCAAAAGGAAUAAAUACUGUGGUAUAGGUCGAUCAAUGAAUACCAAUCACAUGACGACACUGAGGUACUUUUUGGUACUCAUCUAAUCUGUAACGCACGCAGGUCAAUUAUCAAAACGAAGCCUAUAGAGCUGGUGUCCCAAAUUCGUUUCAUCAUGGAUAUAGCCAUGGAGAACACAACGGUUGGAGAAGAAAACCCUUACUUCGAAAUCGAAAUCGCAUCCAAACAAACAGAUGACGCAGUAAUUUAUGACGACGUAGCCCCUGACGAAAUAAUAGGUCCCGAGAAAGGAGGACCGCCAUCGACAGAACCUGCUCAGUCCUGCCAAGAGAAUUUUCUUAAACUCCAGCGAAUGUUGUACAUUGUUACUGCCGUGGCGAUCAUUUCUCUCCUGACUGCUGCUGCAUCUUUGGCUUUAGCAUUAAUUGUGAUGAAUUCCCAAAACACCAAGGAUUCCGUGAGAUGCCCUGCAGAUUGUGUUAAUAAUGCUGCUUUCCAAGGUACACAAGUGGGGUUUGUAUUUUGUAGUCAUAAGUACUAGUCACGCAAUAGGAUACUGCAUCAGUUUCCCAAGUUCUUACAUAAAUGGUAAUUAGCACAAAUCUAGGCUAUUUAGGUUCUUAAAUAGGUUCUUAUUUUGUGAAGAAACAAAACACAUUGUAGCUAAGAAUAUUUAGCGGUAUUUUCAGCUCAUGAUCAUUCCAAACAAGAAUCACUUCGUGAAUUUUACCGGGGCCACUUUUGUCUUGGCAACCCACGGGGAAGGGUCGUUUUCAUCAACAAGUUUGUCGGGCGACAUGAAAAUCUUUUUUAUUGCAAAUAUUCUUUAGAGAUGAAAACAACGUGUAAUCAAUAAUGUGAAAAGGCAAAAUGUUAGGGAAUCCCGAAUUUUGAACAGCUGAGAAUUUGCGCAUCUCGAUAACGUAAAUAUUGCGUGACAAAGGUUAUUUGAAAAUAUUUUGUUUUGUUGCUUCAUAAGUCAAAGCAGUGAUAGACUUCCUCCUAAUGAGUUUUAAUUGUUUGUCGGAAAAUAUCUGACGAAGUUUCCUGUUGGGAGUGCGAAUUGUAAGGUACCGAAACGCAUAAACAAAGCUUGGCGCAUGCAAGUUUAAUAAGUUAAGAUUUUUGCUUUGUCAGUCGUAGUGUACACAGUUCUACGUCGACCAAGCUUUGUCAUCGCUAGGAUGAAUACUUUAACAAUAUUUUGCAAUAAACAGGGAUCUCAUUUAUUGAUAAGUGGUAAAUAUAGUCGCAUUAAACCAUUCCGUGUGCAAACUAAUCGAAUUAAUAUUUACGUGGUUACAGUUGUUGCUCCCUACUUCAAAUUUCUGAACCAGCGAUAUAUCUCAGCGAACACGCCCAAAAGUAACGAGCCAGCGAUAUAUCUCAGUCAGCGAUAUAUCCCUAACAAUGUAACUUUGAAAACACAGAAACGCGUUGCAUUUUAUGACCGGUGCCAGCCUUCGGCUAGGCCCCGGUAAUUAACUUGUAUACCAUUACAAUUGUAGUUGGAGUAGUAAGGCACGUAUGUCUCCUAGGAGGAUCCUGAAUGUUGCCGACUUAUCUUAUUUGCCCAACUGAACAGAAUUUUAUAGAACCUGUUUUAAUUUUUAGGCUAAACAGGUUCUUCUAUAGAGGGGUCUAACUUGAAAGUUUUAGCCUGAUAAGGUUCUUAGUCGCGAGUUUUUAGUCACUUUUUAGUGUAAUUGAUUAUAUUUCUUCGUCCUUCCAUUUAAUUAUGUGUGUACACACACCAAUUCAAACACAUAAACGUAUUAGGCCCAUUUCUUUCUUCUUUUUCUUCCAUUUUCUCUUUAAAGGUUUGAAGAAGCUAUUUCCUUAGAUCCAAAAGGAAACAUGAGGCGCCUCAUGGUUCCUUUUUGAAGUUGGUACAAGCCCUAUUGACAAAGUCAAAGGCUUGUUACCAAUAAUUGCCUCUGGGGACUGAGAUUUGUCUUCAUAGCAAAUUUUUUUAGGUUCAAGAAGCAAUAGGGCUUCUAGAAUUGCACGACUGUAACAUAAACGAGUUUCCUUUUUUGCAGCUCAACUCCAAGGAAAAGAAAAAAAUAUAUCAAAAAUUGUCGCGUCAGAGGUAGGUGCUACAAUGAAUCAGGAGCCCAUAACCCAGGCGAGCAACUCCCCUACAAGGCCUAUGUCACGGCCUUUCUACGGACCAGUUUAUUUUUAGACACAUUUUAGGGCACUUUUUACCGCGAAAAUAGAAUCUACACCAUGCCUAUGAGCGCAUUCGAAGUAUAAGAUAUCAAAAACGAAAACUAAACGCUAAUAAAAGGCAAAAAAUAUCAUUUUUAGGUCUGUAGGUCUUGCUGACUGGUUUUUGGAAUUCCAAAUUCGCGCCAAAGCCGUUCUAAAAAUAUGCUGGUCCGUGAAAACGCCGCGACAGUUGCUCGCUCCGGCUUAUGGGCUCCUAAACGAACUUAUGAACAUAAAAGAGAAGUGUCAUCCGCGCGCAGAUGUAGAAACACCUACGAGGCUUCAAAGGCGCAUUAAUUAGGGUUUUCAUGUGGACCUCAUGUUAAGUAAUCCAGUAGAAUCUUCGAUUCUGAAUUCCACGAUGUCGAUUUCAUAUUCCAGGUACUGGAUUUCCGAUUCCUAGUCAGUUGAUAUUGGAUUCCGGACUCCAAUCAUUACGGAGUGGAACUCCGGACCGGAAUCCAUGAAUCCAGAAUCUAAGUUCCACUGACAAAGACUGGAAUCCAGUAUCUGGUAUCCGGAAUCCUCGGCGUGGAAUCCAGAAUCUAAGACUGUUAUGGGUUACCUUACAUAGGGCUAUAGCCUGUUGGAUGAUAUGUGAACGGUGCAAAACAAUUAUAUCAAUUGUUCAAAGGCAUGGCAUUGUUUUAUUAUUCACAUUUUAUGUUUUCAUUCAGGAUAAUUCAACUCUUCUGCAAGCGGAAAUUAAGAUCAUCAGGCAGGAAAUAUCAUUUCUAAAUCAACAGGUAAAUGUGUAACGUACGUGUGGUUAUCCAUUACUCAUUUUCCCCUGAUAUAACUGAAUGUUAAUCGUUUCAUUUUUAGGUGAUCAACGUAACUAAGACUCAAGGUCCCCAGGGACCUCCAGGCCCUGCUGGACCUCCUGGACACCCCGGAUACAAUGGUACCCAGGGCCCUCCAGGUGUUGCAGGGCCCUCAGGAUCUUCUGGAUCGUCGGGGUCUGGUAACCUUUCACUUUGCACUUACAAAAAAGUAGAUGCCACUCCUGUAUCAGCUGGGAGUAUUGCUCGAACAGACGUUGCAAUCUUAGAAGCAAAGGUACGCCUUCAAUCCAAUCAUUUAGAAGCUUUUGAUCGUUUUCCUUUAGUGGUUUCUCAUAACCAGGCGAUUGAAAAUACCACUUUUACAUAAAAAAAGGAUUCAAUCGCCGUUUCGUUGUUUUGUUACACUAAUGUCACCAAUGCAUGACAACUACGAAAAAGAAAGGGGGAAGUCCCUAUUAAUCUCAAUAAUUGUUUCGCUGUGACGCACUGUAAGAAUAGCAAUUCUUUCGCAAAACUUUCUCAACCAUUCAGGACGUUGCAAUAUAUAUUCACAUAACUUUGAUUUGCUCGAAUUUUUAUUCGCAGGGCACGAAAUUACUUGGUGUCAGCUGUGAUUCAAAUGACGCAUCAAUUAUUCAACUUUCAAGUGGCGUUCACCAGGGUCUCAAGACGUAUACAUGUGAUUGUAAAAAUACUGUAAGCUCAGGAGCCGGUACCAUGGAGUGUUACCUUCACUACUGGGAGUGUCCCACCUGAUAUACAAAAAGCUUAAGCUUGCUGUUCAGUUCAUAGUCAGGCCUAGCCCAUGAGCCACAGCGAGGACCUCUUCUGAAGAGUGUACGUUGUAAAACUGAGCAGUGAUUCUUCAGAAGUGCUCGUCAGAUUACUUGAUAAAAAAACUCGACGCGCGGAAAAGAGUCAAAUGUCGGCUUAAAGGAAGGACUUCAUAAUCAUGUC